AUGGGGAAAAAGGGGAAGAAGAACCGCUUUAAUCAAGUUCUUGAUAUUGAUAUCAGUUAUUCCAGUCACAGCGUUAUCGACGGUGGUGCUUCUCUCCCGCCGGAAGUAAAUCUGUCGAAGGAGAAAGUGUCAGAAUUACAGCGAAUCAAAGCUAAUCUACCAACUGCCCCACAAGCAGUGCGCAUUGAAGAAGAAAUAGCUCGUAUCCCAGAAUGUGGACCCUUUCGUGUGGUGCUCGUCAAUGUACCUUAUGCUGCAACUCGGAGCGAUAUAGAAAACUUCUUCGAUCCCAUUCAACCAACUCAAAUUCGCACAAUCGAAGAUGAUGGACGUUUUCGUGGGUUCUGCUUCAUAGAUUUUGCAUCAAAAGCAGAUCUAUUAAAAGCGCUCGAGAAGGACAAUAGUUUCAUUCAUAGUCGCCGCGUUACAAUGCGCAUAGCCGACCAGCAAGUGCGACUCCUAACCAAUUCUUAUGCUUCUUUCGGCGUGCUUGUUUUCAGGGGCUAUGAAGCUGGUGGUGGCGGAGGCGAGCAAACAGAAUCAAUCGGUUGGACCCGUCGGGCGUCGCGACCGACACCGCAGACCUCGCAGCCCGGGUCUUUCUCGCGCUCGUCGGCUCCCGCCCCAGUGGUGGGUCCACCGGCAGAGCGGCCAGUCAUUCGCUUAGCCCCACGCAUCCUACCCCUCGACCAAUCAGAGGAGAGGGUUGAGUCUGCUCAGUACUCUGCAAUUUUCGGAGCUGCCAAACCCGUUGAUAUAGUUGCUCGGGAACGUGAAAUUGAAAAAGUAGGUAUUGUACCAACCGGUGUUCUCGUAGUCGCCGUUUUCGCUAGUUUCCCCUACCACAUGUCUCAGUUCGUGCAGUUUGAAUCCGAGAUCCUGUUAACCUUUUCGGAGCGAUUUCUCCACGACUCCAUCGAUGGUUCCGAACACCGACAAAUCGUCAACUCGUUUUUUUUUCCAUUAUCACCAACAUUCCAGGUUUCACUCAAUUUUUGUGAAUUUUGA